AUGCUUAGGAAACUUCAUCUUACUCUCCAUUUCACCGAUGUCAUUGACCAAAUGCCAAAUUAUGCAAAAUUCCUUACGGAAAUCUUGAGUGGUAGGGGAACAUGUGAUAUGGAAGAAACGAUAAGAGCUAGUGUUAGCCUUAUGUCAUACUCGGUUUAUCAAAGACUUGAUCUAGGAGAACUUUCAAAUACCAAUAUAACCCUACAAUUAGCCAAUAAGUCCAUUAAAAUCCCAAAAGGUAAGGUUGAGGAUGUUCCCUUAAGGGUUAGGAAAUUUGUGAUCUCGGUACAUUUUGUUGUGCUUGAUAUGGACAAAGAUUCCAACAUUCCCAUCAUUCUUAGUAGACCAUUCCUUGCAACAUCAGGAGCUUUGACUGAUGUAAAGAGUGCUAAAAUUACUGUAAAGGUAGGAGAAGAAGAGAUUGAAUUUGAUUUAAAUGAGAGUAUGCAAUACCCUUCUUCAUCUUUGGAGAAUUAUAUGAGAAUCAAAUUUUAG